CCUAGUUGGUGGAAUAUAUUUUCUAGAAGAGAAUGCGUCACAAGGAACAACUUCAAUUUUCCAUGUCGAAAUCUCUCGCUUGAUCAUCUUCGUGUUGAUCCCUUCCAAUCCACUCCGACUCCAACUCCCGUCACCAACUCCUCCUCCCAUUUCCACUCCUCAAUCUCACUCACCCACUUGACAUUAACUUCCAACUCCCUCCCUCUCUCUCUCUCUCUCUCUCUCUAAUGUACCCCAAGAAUUCAACAUCACCAGUCGCACAUCUCUCCCCUCUCCUCUAAUCCCAUCCAACAAGGCCCACGAUGGUCGAAACCUCAACGCCACCGUGCCGGUUCAACAGCAACCGGCUCGAAAUCAAGCGGUGGAUCCCAACCCUAUUCUCCUCCCACAAAACCCUCUUCACCUUCCUCUGGAUCGCCGCCUUCGCCUCCGUCUUCGUCUGGCAACGCGACAUCGUCCACGGCUUCCCCAUUUUCCGGCGACUGGCGCCUGUAUCUGACUUGCCGAGGCUCCGUCCGGUGACCUUUAAUUUGACGGAUUUUGGUGGGGUCGGCGACGGCGUGACGCUUAAUACGGAGGCGUUCCAGAGGGCAAUAUUGGCAAUUUCUAAGCUGGGGAAAAAGGGUGGCGGCCAACUUAAUGUGCCGGCGGGGAGGUGGCUGACGGCGCCGUUUAAUCUCACUAGCCACAUGACUCUAUUCCUAGCUGAAGACGCUGUUAUACUCGGAAUCGAUGAUCAGAAGUACUGGCCUCUCAUGCCUCCAUUGCCUUCGUAUGGGAAAGGGAGAGAACAUCCUGGACCUCGAUAUGGAAGUUUGAUUCAUGGUCAAAAUCUAAAAGAUGUCGUUAUUACAGGUCAUAAUGGGACCAUUAAUGGACAAGGGCAAACAUGGUGGAAAAAGUAUCGGCAGAAGCUCCUCAACAACACCAGGGGUCCACUUGUGCAGAUCAUGUGGUCAAGUGACAUUGUUAUUUCUAACAUCACUUUACGCGAUUCUCCUUUUUGGACACUACAUCCAUAUGACUGCAAGAAUGUGACUGUUAGAAAUGUUACCAUUUUGGCUCCCAUUUUUGAAGCUCCCAACACAGAUGGAAUAGAUCCCGAUUCUUGCGAGGAUAUGAUAAUUGAGGACUGUUACAUAAGUGUGGGGGACGAUGGCAUUGCAAUAAAGAGUGGUUGGGAUCAGUAUGGCAUUGCUUACGGGCGCCCCUCAAAGAAUAUUCUCAUUCGAAACCUUGUUGUCCGCUCUAUGGUCAGCGCUGGGGUAUCGAUAGGCAGUGAGAUGUCUGGUGGGGUCUCAAAUGUCACCAUCGAAAACCUUUACGUGUGGAGUUCAAGGCGUGCUGUUCGGAUCAAGACCAGUCCUGGUAGAGGAGGUUAUGUUCGACAGAUAACAUAUAGGAACAUAACCUUUGACAAUGUACGUGUUGGGAUUGUCAUUAAAACAGACUACAAUGAACACCCCGAUGAUGAUUUUGAUCCCAAGGCGGUCCCGGUGCUUGAGGACAUAAGCUACACUUCAAUUCACGGUGAAGGAGUUCGCGUGCCCGUUCGCGUGCAAGGGAGCGAAGAAAUUCCGAUUAGGAAUGUAACUUUUAGGGAUAUGUCAGUGGGGAUAACAUAUAAGAAGAAGCAUAUAUUCCAGUGCGCCUAUGUUGAGGGCCGCGUCAUAGGGACUGUUUUCCCUGCACCCUGCGAGAACCUUGAUCUGUACGAUGAACAAGGACGGCUUGUCAAGCGAUCUGUUUCACAAAACAUGACAGAUAUCGAUUAUGACUUCUGAUAAUACGGCCGGGUUUAUUUGUUUUCUCCCUGUUUUUUGGUUCUGGGGCAUAUUUUCUAGUGGUCAAGAAAUAUGUGUCAUCCACGCCCAGGCACAUUGGUUGGCCUGGAUUAAAGUUAGGUUUUGUCUUGUUUUUAGGAGUAUACUUCAUUUUUUUUUUUUUCCCUUUCUCCCUCUGUAACUUUGUUUUUUUCAGGGAUUGUAUAUACUGCAAGAUAUUCGUAAGAUUACACGAUACUGUUAAAUUUGUGCCA